CGAAAAAGCAACGAAAAUCGCGAAAUUUCGCAAAAACGAUACGCAAGACCGACUGCCAGCGAACCAGGCCCUGGGGGAAAGAGUCCUGUGGAUGUGGAACGGUAUCUGCGGUGCUUCGAAGAGACGCAAUUCGAUUUGAAAUCGUCGGAAUAUUUCCUGAAAGCGGCGAAACAGGUGCUUUCCAUACUCUGUGCGGUUAAGCUCGAGAGGAUCGUCUGCCUCGGAUUGGGGAAAAUCUUGGAGUGUCCAAUUUCGCGCCACCAAUUGGCGUUUAUUCGUUGCCUACGGGAGGAAUUGGGAUUCGGUGGUCCGAUCGAGUAUUUCGACCCGGUAUUUUGCGAGCAAGCGGUUGAAAUCUUGGAACGGCUGGGUGGUGUAGUUUUGAGGGAAAAUUGUGAAGGGAAGUACCUGGCGGAAGUUGCCACCUUAUUCUACUUGCCACACUGCCCUAAGCAGAUAAGCAACAAUUUGCUUUGGAAAAACUGGAAUAGCCAACAGUUAGGAAACAUUUUCCUCAUAGGAAAUAGUUUUGCAGGGAUUGUGGCCAACUGUCCCAGAAGAUUGCUGGAGAAUAACGCUCGUUUUAUACUGGAAGUGGAGGAUUUUUGUCGAGAGGUUCCGUUCGAUAAUACCUUCAAACACACAGACAUAUUCAACGACACUUCCCUACACUACUUUGACAACGCUAAUCUAAAAGACAAGCCGGAGGAAUUUUGGGAUUCACCAGAGCCUCACUAUACUGAAGAAGACCUAGAAUUGAUCACAAGGAACAUCCAGCAAGGACUGACACUAACCGGAAAUGGCAGCAACAAGAGCAACGAGCAACACCUUGAAGAAGCUUCUGACUGAGUUGAAGGCCAUAACACCUGAGGCGAACCGCAAGGAGUCAUUAGCAGCCAAAUAUAUUGUUUCGCAGUACAAAAAGUUCGAAACGACCGAGCAGCAGCACUGUCGGGCCAAGGAGGAACUGCAAUUCGCGGCGCAGACCUAUCUGUGUUAUCUGAGGAGCGUGCGCAAGCACAAGGAACUCAGCGAGAUGUACAGCGGCCGGGGCGAGCGGAGCAUUCGCGAAACGGCCGAUAUGGUGGGCUUCAAGCUGCCGCA